CACAAAAACGUCAAACAACAUGAAGGCUUCGUCUGUCUCUCUGGUCCUCGGCCUGGCUGUGCUGCUGUUUGGAAUGACUGUUUCUGCAGUCUCUCUGAGUGUCAGUCCACACCGUGAGCUCUUCUUGAGGAAAGACUCUGUCUCUCUGAGUUGCGUUGAAGAUGGACGGACACCGGACGGAUGGACGGUGAAGAGGACGACACGAGGACAGACACAGACGUGUGAUGGUGUUAGACAAGACUUUGGGGGAUUGAAUGGUUCCUCCUGCAUUGUUCCAAAUCUGGUCUCAUCAGACAGUGGGGUUUACUGGUGUGAGACCGGAGCUGGACAGAGGAGCGCCCGGGUCAACAUCAGUGUUUCUAGUGCUUCUGUGUUUCUGGAGUUGCCUGAACUUCCUGUGAUUGUAGGAAGUGAUGUCACUCUGCGCUGUAAAAGCAGAGCGAGUUCCACACAAACAGUGUUUUUCUACAGCAAUGAGAGCUACAUUGGUCAUGGACUCUCAGGAGAGUUAACCAUCAGUGAUGUGCAGCACUCUCAUGAAGGUCUCUACUGGUGUUCUACUGGUUUGUCUUGGUCCUACAGGACCUGGUUGAGUGUUACAGAUCCUCCUCCUCCUCAUCAUCUGUCUGUGGCCGGGCUGCUCUCCCAUCUAGUGGUCAUCUGCCUUUACUGCAUCUCCACCGUCCUGAUGGUGCGUAUCUGCUGCAGCAGGCGGAGAGGAAAUAAACAGGCCGUCUCCAUGGAGAUGGACCCGGGAGUUGAAGGCGGUCAGAGAGUUGCUGAAGAGCUUUAUUACACCACUGUGCAUGAUUUCUGAGGAGGAGGCAUUGGUUGUAUUUAUGUUGAAGCUGCACAAUUUAGAUGAAUGUUUCAUAUCAGCACGUUAUAUGAACCAAGUGUCUUAAGGCUCAUGCUUCACUGUCAAUCCUUCUAUCUAAAAUCCGCACUUAGCAUGGUUCCCAUAGAAAUAAAAUAUGAGUAGAAUGGACCACUCAAAUCAACUUAGCUGGACAGUCAGAGCGGCGACCAUUUUUUAUUGUACCGUUGCCAUUGCAACCGUUGUAGCGGGCAAACUUUGGUAUAAACUAAACCGACUUACGGCAAGUCGUGGACUCACUGAGGUGAAUAUUUGCAGUAACAGCCAAAGCGAGCAGUGGAGUUGUAAUGUUACGAAGCGUAGAGAGUCAGUGCAAAUUAGUAAAAUAUAAAAACCUAAUGUUUAAUCUACACAUUCUUGUCACAGCAUAGAAAAGCACUGUUAUCAAAAGAUGAGUGAUAACUUUGUCAUAGCUAACUAGCCAGCCUUUUGUCUCCGGAGCUGCGACAACACUUUAUAGCCCCACUGACGUAAUCAGUACAUGAUGUACAUCAUGUACAUCAUGUACAUGAUGUACUAGUCAAAGUACCACGGUAAACAGUUUCCAUGUCCGUUCUACUCCUAUAUUUCGAUGAUGAUUGCCUUUUACCGUGCUCACGUCGUAGUUUAGCCUGUUGUUAGCAUGCUAACAUAUGCUCAUUUACACCAAACAAACAAAAAAGGUGACUUUAUUGGUUUUAUUCUAUUUAUUUUUAAGUUUUAUGGUUUUCUUGUAUUGCAUUAUGUAUAAUUGCCUUUUAUGAACGUUUAUAUGUCUUUAUUGUGUAUUGGCCUUGAAAAUACGUCUUGACUUUAACAGAAGCUAAAAGCUGCAAUUAAAUUAAUAUGGAAAU